AUGUGUCUUCGUUCAAUUGACAUUUUAAGUUCUAGAGACUAUAAAAGUGAAGGGAGCCAGUACUUCCGGGUCAGACCACGUAAUAGCUCAGUCCUUGAAGGUGGAGAAGUGACGAUAACUUGCGAGGUUGGGAACCGAGUUGGCAUUGUACAGUGGGCCAAAGAUGGCUUCGCUUACGUCAUACAACAAAGCGGGGAAAUCGUCGGUCACCCGAGGCUAAGAUUGAUAGGGGAUCAGAACUCUGGGAUCUACAACCUGAAGAUCACGGACGCUUCUUUGACCGACGAUGGGGAGUAUCAGUGCCAGGUCGGCCCGUAUUUACGCAUCAAGCAGAUCCGUGCCAACGCUCAUCUCAGCGUCAUAUCGCCGCCGCAGAAAGUGGAAAUCAACAAUCACGCGAACAAGAAAACGAUCGAGGUGAAAGUCGGCGAGUCGCGGCUCCUGGAGUGCGUGGUUCGAUCGGCGAAACCGGCCGCGACGAUCGUCUGGUACCGCGGGAACGUGCAGAUCAAAGGGGGCGAGACGAACACCACGCCGAUCUCCAUCGAGGGCGACAAAGACAUGCAGAAGCCUGGCGAUAAUAAGAAGAAAUUGUUCAAAUACGACACUCACGGUUCAAUUACGAUUGUUCCCACCGCGGAUGACAACGAUAUGGAUUACACCUGCGAGGCGAACCAUCCAGCCAUACCAAUCGACAUGCCCUUAAGAGCCACCGUCAAACUCUCCGUUUUUUAUCCGCCUGGUAUGCCGUACAUCGAGGGAUACACCGAGGGCGAGACGGUGAAGCGUGGACAACAGCUGGAGCUAACUUGUCGAUCGCGGGGCGGGAAUCCGCCAGCGCAGAUCGUCUGGUACAGAAAGAACGAGCAGAUCACCACGGUGUACCGUACCGAAGGCAGUUUCUCCGAGAGUGUGUUGUCUAUCAUCGCUAAAGCACAGGACAACAACGCCACGUACAGAUGCGAGGUCUCCAAUAUCAUGAGCAUCGAGCCCAUGAAAGUGAACGUCGAUCUCACCGUACUUUUCGCUCCAUCCGGCGUGACGAUCACGGGACCGACGGAAGCGAAGGCGGACGAGCAAGUGGUGAUCACCUGCACAACGGAGAACUCGAAUCCUCCGGCGGACAUAAAAUGGACGGUCGACGGUCACAAUUUCGAGAGCAACGCCUCGAGGACCGAGCCGGCGCCGCAGGGCGGUUGGAUCACCACGUCGAACGUCACGUUCAACAUCAAUCGGACCAGCCGCAGCAUCGUCGUGAUCUGCGACGCGUCGAACGUCAAGCUAACGGAGAACGUCGUACGGACGCACACCAUAAACGUGAUUUAUCCACCGUCCAAACUCACUAUCACCGGAUACGAGGAGGGCACCACGAUCGACGCUGGUACCGUGCUGAGAUUGAUGUGCACUGCCACCUCCGGAAACCCAUUGGCUACCUUGACUUGGUACAAGAACGACAGGCAGAUACCCGGGAGCACCAGAACACGUGACCACGCGGUGUCCAGCGAGCUGACGAUGCUCGUAAACGCAUCGGACAACAACGCGCGUAUACGCUGCGAAGGGUCAAAUUCUGCAACGGAAAUCCCUCUAAUGAAAAUCCUCGCCUUAAAAGUUAACUUCCCGCCCGAUAAAAUUAAGAUCACUCACGAGCCCCAGGAUUUGCACGCGGGCGAGGAGGGCCGUAUCAUUUGCGAAUCGAGCAGCAGCAAUCCGCCGGCCGAGGUGUCAUGGUGGAGGGGCGGUACACCGGUGCUGGGCACGAAAAAUGGCACUAAACCGGGCUUACACGGUGGUUUCCUGUCGUUCGUCGAGCUCGCGUUGGACGUCACCGAGGAAAUGAACCGCGAGGUGUACACGUGUCAGGCGAGGAACAAUCAAAUGGAGAGGUCCAUUCACGACGCAACGACCCUCGAUGUCUUGUACAAGCCGAUAUUCUCACCGAUAGUACCUGACGAAUUGAUCGGUAUGGAAAGUGAACCGUUUGUGGUUUCUGUCUUCGCAAGGGGAAAUCCAAACGACAUAAAAUACACGUGGACAAGGGACGGUUUGCCGUUGGUCAGCAACAGCAAGAGGAUAUUCGUUCGAGGAUCCACGUUGAACAUUACCAAACUGGAUCGUCACGAUGCUGGAACUUACAUAUGCGAGGCGACCAAUGAAGAGGGGUCAACGUUUUACGCGUUGAACCUGACUGUACAAUACUCGGCGAAAAUUAAACGCACAUCGGCGUCGGGGAUAGUGUAUCCUCCAGGUAUCGAAGCAAAAUUGUUCUGCGAAGUGGACGGCAGCCCCAUGGGAGACGAGUACGUCACGUGGCAGAAAGUUGGCUCGAACUCGGAGCUAUCCGGCCGAUAUUCAACCUCUUUUAUCAACAAAACUUCUUAUCUACACAUCGAAAAUCCUGAUCAAGAGGACGUCGGAGAAUACCAGUGCAAAGUCAAUAACGGAAUCGGGAACGUUACAUCCGAGCCCAUUCUCUUUGUCACGAACUUUAAACCACAAAUGAUAAACACACCCCUGACAAGAAAAGCAGCCGCGAACAAAGGGAUAAACGUGCAGCUGUUUUGCAAAGCGCGGGGCUCGCCAUUGCCACGGUUCUCGUGGACGUUUGCCGGAAAAACCUUGUUGCCGAACGUCACCGAGCAUAAAUACAGCAUCACGCACACGGAUUUAAGCGAGUUGGUCUCGGAGUCGACGCUGACCAUUUUCCGCGUAAGAUCCCACGAUUACGGUAAAUACGAGUGCCGUGCGACGAACAAGAUGGGACACUCGACGGACACGAUAGAUCUGGACAUCACGUCGCCGCCGGACCAACCGACCGAUCUCGAGGUCUACAACGUCACCCACGAGUCCGUCACGCUAACGUGGAAACGAGGAUUCGACGGCGGGUUGCCGACCUCCUAUCAAGUACGAUGGCGAGAGGCGCUCGACUACGAGGAUCGAUACCAUUAUCUGGACGUCUCGCCAGGGGAAUAUAAAACCACGAUAACCGGGCUGUCCCUCGGGACCCAAUAUGUCUUCAGUGUGAAGGCCAUUAACGAGAAAGGGGACAGCGGCUUUCUGCCAGACCUGGUCAAAGUCCAGACGCUUCGGGAGGCACCACCUACCGACGUGACAUCAAGCGAGAUUAAUUCUUCCUACAUCAUCGUCAUUAUCAUCACUGUUUCCGCCUCUGUAUGCCUACUCAUUGCUGCGCCCAUAGUCUUUGCUACAUUAAAAUCGAAAAAGAAGGCUCAACGUUCCGGAAUCAACAAGUCCCAGACAGCCGAUAUGUACGCACCGUCGACCGUCAACGGGGACACAAUGACCGGUGAAUUAAGUUCCGUGUCGGACGAGAAGAGCGACGUUAACUUCGACACUAACGAUUACGUGGACGAGGGACGAAAGACAGCGGCAAGCACGUAUUUAAUAGAUCAGACUAUGCAAGAUUAUGGGAAGGGGAACUUGGAAAUGCAAGUACAUCAUCAGGGAACGCUUGGUCGUCGUGGCAACCACAUUCAACCGCCUAUUAUGGAUUCGCCGCCACAGCGAACAACAGCCAGUGGAACGCUUUCUGUGUCGAAAUCGAGUUACAUCGGUAACCCAAGUCCAGCCCCGCCGAACGACGUGAACUUCUACAGCGUGGAGAUCGACAACGGCCGUUACAUGGGAUACGAGACGAACCACAGCCCGGUGGUAGGCGAACCGGGCUCGGGCACGUACUAUCCAUCCAUGAGCCCGACGGGUCACCUCGUGACCAGUCAUCUGACCAGCGGAACGGGAACGUUGACACGCAGCAGAACCCUGCCGCGUCCAGUCCCGCCACCAGAUGUCACCGUGAUGACAGCCGGUUCGAAAUCGCCGAUCCCGCCAUCGGUACCACCGCCGCCGACCACGUUCGCCCGUUCAGUGCCCGGUAACGCGCACAUCCACGGCCACUCGUUGUCGACCUUCACGCCCACGCCGGCCUAUUCCGACAUCGACGGCCAUCUUGUCUGA